AUGGAUCUCACAGCUGAGCACAAGGAGGUCUUCUCCCUUUUCGACAAGGAUGGAGAUGGUCACAUCACGCUCGAAGAACUGCGCACAAUCAUCCGAUCAUUAGGCCGAGAACCAACUCUGCAAGAGCUGCAGGAUAUGAUCAGGGAGGUCGAUGUGGAUGGCAAUGGCACCAUAGAGUUUGAUGAAUUCUUGAACGUGAUGGCUAUGAGAACGAAGGAGGCUACUGAGGCUGAGGCUGAAGAAGAACUGCGAGAAGCCUUCAAGGUUUUCGAUAUAGACAACAAUGGAUACAUCUCACCCAGCGAGCUUAUGAGCGUGAUGACUAAUCUGGGAGAGGAAGUAACAAAGGAGAUUGCCGCAGAGAUGAUCAUGGAGGUUGACGCUGAUGGUGACGGGCAGGUGGAUUUCAAGGAAUUCUCCACCUUGAUGAUGGCUAUCGGAACUACACCGACGAAUUCCUUUUCUUCAUUGUACAUAAACUGA